GGUGCUGCAGUAGAGCUGAUCCAGGGUCAGUUAUCUGUAGCGCUGGUUAACUGUGAGCUGAGAUACGGGCUGAUCUGAGACCCGCGGGCUGUGUAGGAGCAGGACACGAGCGGAGGGUCACGGUGCGGCUCUCUAGCGUGUUUUCAGCUCCGCGGACACGGAGAGACGGUCAGUCCGGACACGCAGCGCUAGAUAACCGCCGGACUCGUUUAUAUUUACACUGAUUUAAUUAUAUAAUAGAAACACAGUUCGCGGGUGUUUCUACAGCUCGGUCUCGUGCUGUCAGGCUGGAGGCUGGGGUCGGCGGCCCGCGGGCUGAGUCGGGGUGUGAUUUCUCGUGUUGAAUGUAACGCUCCGGUCCGGUGUAUGUGCGGUAAUAACAUGUCAGCGCCGCUGCCCGCGAUAGUCCCAGCAGCCCGGAAAGCCACUGCGGCGGUGAUCUUCCUCCAUGGCCUAGGAGAUACAGGGCAUGGUUGGGCUGAAGCUAUGGCUGGGAUCAGGACCCCACAUGUAAAGUACAUUUGCCCCCAUGCGCCCAUCAUGCCAGUUAGCCUCAACAUGAACAUGGCAAUGCCCUCCUGGUUUGACAUUAUUGGUUUGAAUCCAGAUGCAGAGGAGGAUGAGACGGGGAUCAAAAAAGCUGCAGAGAGCAUCAAAGCUUUGAUUGAUCAGGAAGUAAAGAAUGGAAUUCCAUCUCAUCGAAUCGUACUGGGUGGCUUUUCUCAGGGUGGAGCACUUUCUCUCUACACAGCUUUAACCACUCAACAGAAACUUGCAGGAGUUGUUGCUCUGAGCUGCUGGCUUCCCCUCAGGAACUCACUUUCAAAGUCAGUUCUUGGCAGUAAUAAGGAAGUUCCAGUAUUACAGUGUCAUGGGGAGGCAGAUCCUCUGGUUCCUCUGAUUUUUGGCUGUCUAACGGUGGAGAAGCUCAAGACAAUGCUGAACCCCAACAACAUUACCUUCAAAACAUAUCCCAGGAUGCCUCACAGUGCUUGCCCAGAGGAAAUGAUGGAUAUAAAGCAGUUCAUUGAGAAGCAGCUUCCUCCGAUUGACUAAUCAGUAAAGCCUUAUGGAUCGUGUGUACUGAUCGUUAAUUCCAGACUCUCCAGCUGCUAUUUUUUCAUCUGACCGAAUGGAACACAUACCAACACUCCCACACCUAACGGACUGAGCGUGAUUGUAGUAUCAAUAUAUAAUACUAAGCCUAACUGGAAACAUCCUCAAUUAUAUCCUCAGAGUCAGCCACAAACAAUCAUACAAUAGUAACCUCUGACUGACACUGUAACCUGUUGCUUAGGGUAAAGAUGGCUUGUCACAGACAUAUCACCUGUCAGAAAUACAGAUUCUAAGACUACUGUAGGGCUCAUGAAACACAGCAGUCAGAUCUGGAGGGCAUUCGCUAAUAUUACAACAAAGCCAUCUGUUUAAAGUAAGGUGUUUAGUUUAUGGUAAAGGGCUUCUAAUGUCUGAAUUGAUAUAAUUAAAGUAAAUAAUGAUGCUUUGA